UGUGUUCUGAGCCAUCUCCUCCUCGUCGCUCUCUCUCCCAAUGGCUUCACUGUUAUUCGGAGCUCUUCCAAUGGCCCCCCAAUCCUUGCCUCUCUCUUCUACGCUGUCUUCCUCUCGAUCCCUGUCCCAAUUCUAUGUCUCACUGCCCAUUUCUUCCUCUUCUCUCUCUCCAACACUCCCACUAAUUUACUGUGGCAGAGGGGAUAAAAAGACAGCCAGAGGCAAGCGCUUCAACCACUCCUUCGGAAAUGCAAGGCCUAGGAACAAGAAGAAGGGGAGAGGACCACCAAGGGUUCCAGUACCUCCGUUGCCGCCUAGGAAAGAUCGGUUUGAUGAUGAUGAGAAGGUUAAGAUUGAGAUUGAUGAAUCCUUGUUUUCUAACUGAGUAUUGUGAGUUGAAUUUGUCCGUUUCAAUGUAACUUGUGAGCUUUAUAUCGCUGCUUUUGUUGGUACAGCAUCUUGUCUGUGUUCUUUUUUCAAUUUGUCUUAAUUGCGAAAGUGUUUAUUAGUUAAUUUUUAUGCCUUCAUCGUUAAAAUUGUGUGUUUCGUGGUUUGCCAUUUGGUUAAUCUUUGUUUGAUUGGUGA